CAUCUUCACAGACAAAUCAUCAUGGCCACUAUAACUAUGUCCGAGCUUUCUACUGGUAUCGAGGACACCAGUACUAAUGCGCCCUGCAAGAAGGUGCUAGAAGGAGUCCUAAACGAUUACAUGGACCUCGCGUACGGAAAGGAAACACCCUACACCACCGGAAAAACUGUUCUUCCCACUGGCUCUACCAUUGAAGAUGUAGAUGAGGCAAUUGCUGAUUGCACCACGAAGAAACCUUACAAAGAUGUGUUAGUCAGAAUCUCUGAAAAAGCUAAAAGUGGUGAUCUUACUCCUCAAGAAAAUGAUGGCAGUUGGGAUGCAAAGUUAACACCAGUUCUGGUGCUUGUAAGGGCUAAUAACGUUUAAUAUUUUGGCCAAGACUAACUAUGUAAGAUUAUUUUUUGUAGUAGAGUCCAC